AUGCCCUCACUCCGGGGCCAAUCCCUGUGGAUCCGCUGCAUAUACGUCGGCGCCUUUAUAUCCUUCAUCAUCCUUACCUAUUUCCUCUUCGAUAACCGCUCCAGCGGUACCGCAAAAUACGUGAUCAAGCCGUCUACGACAUAUCACGCGCCGCCAUCACCGUUUGCCAAUGAUACGAAUGCGCAAUGGGAGUUUGUGGUCGAGCGCGAUGCGGAUAACCACGGGUUGUCGGAGGAGCAGUGUCGCAUUGCGUUUCCGAAAUUAUAUUUCGAAAUCGACAAGUCAGCGGCGUUUAGGGAGAAUAAUCCCAUUACGUUUAAGGAGUUGGAUUCGAUACCGAUCGAGGAUGGGAUGGUGAGGGGUAUGAUUCAUCAUGGAGAGUUGUAUGUUAUCGAUUUUGCGAAAGUCACCGUCACGUUUACCCGAGGCAAGGCGUCGCUAUACGCACUGCACCGCGCAUUGGCUGCGUUCCCAGACCGGCAGAACCUUCCCAAUAUCGAAUUCAUUUAUACCACAGAGGACAUGAGCAGAGGCGAAUCCCCCGUGUGGGCAUACACAAAGCGGGAUGACGAAGAGGGAAUAUGGUUGAUGCCGGAUUUCGGGUACUGGUCGUGGCCAGAGGUCAGCGUCGGGCCGUACAAGGAUAUCAGACAGCGGAUCGCGGCGGUCGAUGAUGGGGGAAUGACGGUCGAUGGCAAGGUCGUUUCUGGCCUUAAAUUCAAGGAUAAGAAGAAGCAGCUCUUCUGGCACGGAAGUGUUGCUACGAACCCGGAACUCCGCGGCAAGUUGAUGGACGCUGCUAGCGGGAAGAGCUGGUCUAGCGUUAAAUCGAUUAACUGGGGAGACCCGAAAGAUGUCGAGCAGAGUCUUCUACCCAUGGAAGACCACUGUAACUACAUGUUCCUCGCACACACCGAAGGCCGCAGUUUCUCCGGCCGCGGCAAGUAUCUGAUGAACUGCCGUUCGGUGGUGAUUUCGCAUAGCAUGAUCUGGCGCGAAGCACACCACGCCGCGCUUGUGGCAACUGGCCCCGAUGCCAACUACGUCGAAGUUGAUCGAGAAUUCUCAGACCUCGAUCGUAAGAUGGGGUAUCUUCUUGAUAACCCUGAAGUGGCGGAGCGGAUUGCGAACAAUGCUGUGAAGACGCUUCGGGAUAGAUAUCUGACUCCGGCUGCGGAGGCUUGUUACUGGCGGCAUUUGAUCCGGAAGUAUGCGGCUGUCUCUAAAUUCGAGCCGGCGCUUUAUGAGAAGGGUUCUGAUGGGAAGGAGAAGAUGCGGGGUGUUCCUUUUGAGUCGUGGGUUCUUAAUGCUUCGUAA